GUGCUCAGUUCCCACCUUCCUCUCUAUGAGACUAUACUUGCGUGUAUACUCUACCAGGUGCACAACGACCCAUUACAGAAUUCACAAGCUUUCUCUCUUUCUCUUAUGAACCCCAAUCCCAUCACAUUCUCUCUGUUUCCUUGCUCAAUUUUCAGCCAUUUCUCGGCAGAACGAUGCCACCCAGACGUCGCAAGGUGGGUCUCAAACGUAUGGACGCUGCCAUUGAUGCUCUAACUCCAAUGGGUUUUCCCCCAGAAAAAAUUCGACAGAAAGUAAAGGACCUACUCGAAUUGUAUGAGGAUGAUCAUGGGUGGAUAGCCAUUGAAGAGGCCUCCUACAAGCUGUUAAUCGAGUGUAUACUGGAGGAGCAGGAGCAGGAGCAGGAGCAGGAGGGUGUGCAAUGUAAACAAGGGGAACCUUCUUUCAUUGAUUCACCAAACAAAGCUAGCCGGCUAGGUGGUGAGGACGGGGAGGCUGAACCAUCAGAGGUUGGUCCAUCAAGUGAAGCCAGUGAGCCUUUAUGCUCUAACCAAGAUACUGCCUUGGCAACUCCCAUAACUGAUGCUCCUUCGCCAAGUCCUCUAGCAGUGCUUACUCCGACUUCUUCUCCUGCUGGAAAUUUGACUAGUGCAAGCAUAACAGCUACAAUAGAUGUAGCAAACCGAGAAAAUGGUAUCCUCAUGAACCAGGAAAAAACUGCAGGUCUUAGUGAAGCUUAUAUGCUUUCUGCUCCACCAGGAUUUGAGCGUUUUUCUCCCUUGCAACUAGGUUUUGCAGUCAGGAAACGAAAUCCUUGUCUUGGUUGGAUUGGCCCUGCGAAUGACGAAGACUUUAUUCUGUUAAAGCCUGCAACUGUUCUUGGCAGGAGAACUGGAGAUAGGCCGAGGAAGCGGAAAUCUAGGUGGGAUGUGGGCCCCAAUGAUGUCGUAUGAGAAGACUUUCCCAUAAUUUGUACAUUACUGAUCAUUCUUCUGUAAAGCUUGUUGCAUAUGUAGUUUGAGGUAUCAUAGUUUUCAGUACUUAAAAAAGGAUUAGGAUUUAGGACAUAUGCUGAUGUGCACCGACAAAGUAGGAUGAUAGCAAUAUGGGUAGUUCUGCACUUCUGCCCAGAUUCUUUGAUUAUUGAAACAAUUUCUUAUCAAAGUGGGAAUUGUUUUAGCAAAAUCCCAACUUCUAUUAUUAUGUAGUUUAAGAUAUCAAAGUAUUCAGUACUGUUUUCUGUGGGCUCA